CACACCUCAACACCACUCAAUUGCGCCUCCACAUCAGCACCAAUUGGGACAUGGCUUCAAGAUUCGUUCUGCGGCAGCGCCUCGCGCCCGCAGCUGCCACUGCAUUCGUUGCCGGCUUAACACUCUUCCCCAAGACAGCCCUUCAUGCAGAAGCUCCGGAAGGAUCAGAGCCGAAAAAGCCCAUUUACGAUGACUACGAUGUUGAACCCUCCUCCCCGUCAACACCCUCCAGCCAAACAGAGGUCCCCGCCAAAUCGCCGACACCUACAGACCGUCUGGCCAAGCAGAUCGGAAAGACUCGUCUCUUCCUGUACGGUCACGUUUCUGCCGCGGAAAACAAGAUCAACGAGAUAAUGGACUCUGCCUUCAAUCUCGAAUCGAGCUUCGUAAGCACCGUCGCUUCCUUAGCACCACCUCCUCAAUCCGGCGAAAAGUUAAUGCCAGGAUCACUCUAUGUUCUUGUUGCUGCUAUGACGGGGAGCAUUGUGACGAGAAACCGGAACAUUGUGUUGAGGGCUGCUCUUCCUCUGGCUGUCGGUAUUGGCGCUGGAUGGGUUGUGCUGCCAAUUACGAUGCGGAACAUCUCGGAUCUGCUAUGGAAAUAUGAGGAACGAUUCCCGGCUAUUGCCGAUGGACAUAUCAGAACCAGAGAGGGUAUCGAGAAGGCUUGGAGUAUGGCAAAGCUUCAUUCUCAACUGGCCGUUAAUGCUGUGGAUGAAAAGGUUACUUCGGGUAGAGAAGCGGUAGAGGGAUGGGUCAAAAAGGGCAAAUGAAUGGGGUCUUGUUAGCAUUCAAGACACCAUUUUUCGUAGAUU